AUGGGCCAGUUGCUCGACUUGAAGCGCAUGUGCCUUGUGAGCGGCUCCCGAAAAUACCGCUACUUCACGCUUAGCUAUGUCUGGGGAAACAUGGUCACGUUUCAGACAACGAAAUCUAACCUUUCUGAGUUAGAAGAACACGGUUCAAUCUUGCGUUUGAGAGAUAAGUUCCCUCAAGUCAUCAAAGAUGCCAUAUCUCUUGUUUCCGCACUUCAAGAGAGAUUUCUUUGGGUUGAUGCGCUGUGUAUUGUGCAAGACGAUGCGACAGACAAGCGAGCUCAGAUCCCUCGUAUGGGCAUGAUCUACAGUCAGGCUGCGGCAACUAUUGUAUCCUUAUCUGGAAAAGAUGCUAGUGCAGGACUCCCAGGUGUAAGAGAAGAAUCGCGACGAGUCCGACAAUGCUCUGUCACAAUCAGCCCGUGGCAACUUUCUGCAAAACUACCAGAACUCUCUGUUGCUCUACAGAAGUCGAAAUGGCAUACCCGUGCUUGGACUUUCCAAGAAGCAAUCCUGUCAAAAAGAUGUUUGUAUUUCUCAGACGACCAAGUUUAUUUUCAAUGCCAAUCAGGCUACUAUACGGAAGACUGUCAUGGAGAUCAGACUCGACAUGAAUGGGGCUCUGGAUUCUCCAAUCCGUUCAAACAGAAAGUCCCCGAGAGUACAGAUUCCUUUUUUUCGACCUUCAAUGUGUACAACAAUCUGGUCAAAGGUUAUUCAAGCAGACAACACACAUUCAACUCAGACUCUCUGAAUGCGUUCCAAGGGGUCUUAUCAUCAUUCAACACCUUAUAUGGAUGGCAUUUCCUUAGUGCUCUACCAGAAGAUGUCCUCGACCUCGCAUUACUCUGGAGGCCUAUGGUCACCGCAGAUUUACGACCAAGAGAGUCGUUCAGUUGCGCACGAGACGCAGCUUGCAGGACACCAACGUGGUGCUGGACGUCUUGGAUUGGCGAUAUCUACUGGGACGACUGGCGCAUUGGUUCCUAUGCCGGAAGUACGAUAUCCUUGCAACCGGCGGUUGAGCAAUUCAUCAUUGCAACCCCUGAUGGAUUUCGCGGCACUCGCAAGUGGAAAAGGGACACCGACAGUGAGCGAUUACAAGUGACUUUGAACGACGCGAGGAAUUACAUGAACAAACAUAAAAUCAGCUGGGACGAAUCUGACAGAGAAAACAAUUGCUCUGAGAAUAUGGUGCUCCUUUUCAAGGCAUCUGCAAUCGACCUCUCAAAACUUUCAAUUCAUUUUGAAUCUAGUCAUCUUGAGAUCCAUCCAGAGUUGUCCAACUGGGCAAAACGAGCCCGCAGACACAACGCAUGGAUAUUUGACGGUAACGGUCGACAUUGCGGGACUCUUCAUGGCCUUUGUUCUAAUUGGACAAACUUCCACAAUCCACGUCUUUGUGAGCUCAUCCUUCUAUCUAGUUUCAGCCAGAAAGAAGUUAUGCCAGAAGACAUUGAUGCGCAUCGACACAGUCUACCACUUGAGUACCCAUCAAGUGAUGACUAUUACAAUGAAAUGUAUGACAUAUCCCACUACAGAUACAUGGACUCUUGGGCUCAGAACAUCUUGCUUGUUGAAUGGAGUGGCAACCUCGCUAGGCGAGUGGCUAUUGGGCAGAUCCAUGUUGACGCUUGGACAACUCUAGGGAGCGUCACUAAAAUGAUAGCACUCGUUUAG